AUGGUCGCACCACCAGGAUGCUGCGAGAUCUGCCAGAUUGGAGAGGUAUUAACAGACCCUCAGCUCCAGAAUCGAUCAGUGAGGAUUACAGGGAGACUGUAUGCAUACGAUGCACAGCUUAAAGUGGCAACAGUGUCUUUCCAGAACGUUUCAAUGACUAUCGAGACGCAAAGAUUGGCACUUGAAAAUCUGCGAUUGCAACUUGGGUCCAUGUACCAGUUUCUGGGUGAGACAUAUGUUAUGACUAAGGAAGGACAGACUGAAGUUCGACUAGUGGCUCGGGUUGCGCGCAACGUUGAUAGCUUGGACAUUGAUCUUUUUUUGGAGGCGUUAACAUUGCGGCGGCAAUUUCUAGCAGCUCAAACGUAG